CGUAAGCCCACGCUUUUUUAUUCCACUUUCAUGCCAGAAGCUCUUUUCCUGCCUAAGCGGGUGUGGGCCCAAGUCUUCGGAGAUUCGCUCGGACUUCAGGGAAGGAACGAGACCCUAAGAAGUGGUCUAAGGACCCCGCCAGGAUGCCCAGGCAGCGGGGAGGGAAGCGCGCCGGGGUCGCAGGGGCGCGCCCGGGCCACGCUGGGAACUCUGGGCGCCUUGGCCCCGCCUGACCCGGAAGGGCUUGCGCGUGGUAACCCCGGCUUCCCUAGCAACCGAGCCUCCGUGCGAGUCCCAAUCUGCCGCUGCGGCCUCUCGCUGGGUCCGCCUCCCGGGAUGCCCCUGCAGGUCAGCGAGUACAGCUGGCAGCAGACGGAGACUGCGGUCUUCCUCUCCCUGCCCCUCCGGGGCGUCUGCGUCAGGGACGCGGACGUGUUCUGCACGGAAAACUACCUGAAGGUCAACUUUGCUCCAUUUUUAUUUGAGGUGUUUCUCUAUGCUCCCAUUGACGAUGAGAACAGCAAAGCCAAGAUUGGGAAUGAUACUAUUGUUUUCACCUUACAUAAAAAAGAAGCCGUCAUGUGGGAGGCCCUUUCUGUGUCAGGUGUUGACAAAGAGACGAUGCAAAAAAUAAGAGAAAAAUCUAUUUUAAAAGCACAAGAAAGAGCAAAAGAAGCUACAGAAGCAAAAGCUGCAGCAAGGCGGGAAGAUCAAAAAUAUGCACUAAAUGUCAUGAUGAAGAUUGAAGAUGAAGAGAGGGGAAAAAUAGAACGUAUGAAAGAAAAUGAACGGAUAAAAGCAACUAAAGAAUUGGAAGCCUGGAAAAAACAUCGAAGUAAAGCUGAAGAACGAAAAAUAAUUCAAAGAGAAGAUAAGUUACACCAACAAGAAAAACAAAUAGAAGAGGGAAAGAAAUUAAAACAUAAAAGUUUUCCUAGAAAUUCGACAUCGAGAAAUCUUGCCACAAAAGGGAGAAACUCAGAAAACAUAUUUUCUGAGAAGUUAAAGGAAGACAGUAUUCCUGCUCCUCGCUCUGUAGGCAGUAUUCAAGUCAACUUCACCCCUCGAGUAUUCCCAACUGCUCUCCGGGAAUCACGAGUAGCAGAAGAAGAGGAGUGGCUACACAAACAAGCAGAGGCACAAAGAGCAAUGAAUACUGAUAUUCCUGAACUUAGUGAUUUAAAAGAAGAAGAAAAGAACCCAGAAUGGUUGAAGGAUAAAGGAAACAAAUUGUUUGCAACAGAAAACUAUUUGGCAGCUAUUAAUGCAUACAACUUAGCCAUAAGACUAAAUACUAAGAUUCCACUAUUGUAUCUGAAUCGGGCUGCUUGCCACCUAAAAUUAAAAAACUUACACAAGGCCAUCGAAGAUUCUUCUAAGGCACUAGAAUUAUUGACACCACCUGUUGCAGACAAUGCUAAUGCAAGAAUGAAGGCAUAUGUACGACGUGGAACAGCAUUCUGUCAACUAGAAUUGUAUGUAGAAGGCCUACAGGAUUAUGAAGCUGCACUUAAGAUUGAUCCGUCUAACAGAAUUGUACAAAAUGAUGCUGAGAAGAUUCGGGACAUAAUUCAAGGAACAGAAGUAAAAUCUUAAUGACUCCUGGAAGCAACUAGGUAUUGUAAUGAGUUUUGUUUAGAGUUUUUUCAAAAUAACUGGAGGCAUUGGGAAUCUUUGUACAUGUUAUGGGUAAUUGUGCAGAAUCACUUUAUUUUAGUGUUCUAGUGCUGUUGGAAGGAAAAAUAUUACAAAUUUAUGUUUGAGAUGCAUGGUCUCUGAUUAAGUAAAUCAAAAUAAUCUAUUUCAAUUCUUUAUCUCUUUAUAUUAAUAUAUAAUUUAGUUACAUAUUUUUGUUACUGAAUUCAGCUUGCCCUUAUAACCAAUAAAAUAUUUGUUGGUAUGAUGAUUA